GCAGUGGCGGGAGGGUCGGAGCCAUGGCGUCCAGGACGGCGGGUGGGGGGCGCUGGGAGGUGGUGAAAAAGGGGAGGCGUCCUGGAGCCGGCAGCAGUGGGCGAGGCGGCGGAGGGGACCGCCGGGCGCUCGGGGAAGCGAAUGGAGUAUGGAAAUACGACCUGACGCCUCCAAUCCAGACGACAACCACCCUUUAUGAACGGGGCUUUGAGAGAAUCAUGAAGAAGCAGAAUAAGGAGCAGGUUCCACCUCCUGCUGUGGAGCCUAAGAAACCCAGUAACAAGAAGCAGACUAAGAAGGUGGCGACCCUCACCAACCAAAACCAGAAGCAGGGCCGCUUCCGCAGCCUGGAGGAGGCAUUAAAAGCUCUGGACGUGGCAGCUCUGCAGAAGGAACUGGACAAGAGCCAGAGUGUUUUCUCUGGGAACCCAUCCGUGUGGUUGAAGGAUCUGGCCAGCUAUCUCAAUUACAAGCUCCAAGCACCUCUAAGUGAACCCACACUAAGCCAGCAUACUCACGAUUAUCCCUACAGCCUGGUGAGCCGGGAGUUGCGUGGGAUCAUCCGAGGGCUACUGGCAAAGGCAGCAGGGUCUCUGGAGCUCUUUUUUGACCACUGUCUGUUCACCAUGCUGCAAGAGCUGGAUAAGACGCCAGGGGAGUCCCUACAUGGUUACCGUAUCUGUAUCCAGGCCAUUCUGCAAGACAAGCCCAAGAUUGCCACCACCAACCUGGGCAAGUUCUUGGAACUGCUGAGGUCCCACCAGAACCGACCAGCAAAGUGUCUGACCAUCAUGUGGGCCCUGGGUCAAGCAGGUUUUGCCAGCCUCACCGAGGGACUGAAAGUGUGGCUGGGGUUCAUGAUGCCUGUGCUGGGCAUCAAGUCCCUGUCCCCCUUUGCCAUUGCAUACCUGGAUCGGCUGCUCCUAAUGUACCCUAACCUCACGAAGGGCUUUGGCAUGAUUGGCCCCAAGGACUUCUUCCCACUUCUGGACUUUGCUUAUAUGCCCAACAACUCUCUGACACCCAGCCUGCAGGAGCAGCUGUGUCAGCUCUACCCCCGACUGAAGGUGCUGGCAUUUGGUGCAAAGCCGGAAUCCACCCUGCAUACCUAUUUCCCCUCCUUCCUGUCCAGAGCCACCCCCAGCUGCCCUUCUGAGAUGAAGAAAGAGCUCCUGAGCAGCCUGACUGAGUGCCUGAUGGUGGACCCCCUCAGUGCCAGCGUCUGGAGGCAGCUGUACCCUAAGCACCUGUCACAAUCCAGCCUGCUGCUGAAGCAUUUGCUCAGGUCCUGGGAGCGGAUUCCUAAGAAGACACGGAAGUUUUUGCAAGAAACCAUUCAGUUCUUCAAGCUUACCAAUCAGGAGCUGCUAAGGAAAGGCAGCUGUAAUAACCAUGAUGUCAUCACCUGUGAUACGGCCUGCAAGAAUCUGUUGCAGCAGGCUCGGGGCUGCCAGCUGCCCUGGAAACAGCUACUCCUGUUGGUGCUAAUCUUUGCCAUAGGUUUCCUGUGCCAUGACUUGCGGUCACACGGCUCUUUCCAGGCCUCCCUUUCUGGCCGGUUGCUUCAGUCAUCUGGUUUCUUGCCUGUUGGCCAGCAAGCAUGUGCCAAGAUCUACUCUUACAGUCUGCAGUGCUACAGCUGGCUAGAGGAGACAUUACCAGCCUGGGGCUCCCAGUUGCUGUCCAUGAUGAGGCCCAGCUUGCAGCUGGCCUGGGCCCAUAUCAAUGCCACAGUCAGCUUCAUUUCUGACCACUGUGCCUCCCACCUUCCUUGUUUUGGUGACAGUCUCACCAGCCUCUCCCAGAAGCUCCCUGAUGCCCUGAACCAGCUGCUCUAUUCUGUGAGGAAGCUGUUCCUGCUUCUCUACCAGACCGUGCUGCUGCCAUUGUGGCACAUGCUGCUUGAGGCCUUGGCCCGGGCCCAGCAGCACUGCCAUGAGGCGUGCAGAGGUGAAGUGACCUGGGACUGCGUGAAGACACAGCUCAGUGAGGCUGCCCACUGGACCUGGCUCUGCCUACAGGACAUCACAGUGGCUUUCUUGGACUGGGCACUUGCUAUGAUAUCCCAGCAAUAGACCCUGCCUCCCUGGCCCCUGGGUUUCGACUGGAGCAGGCCAUCUGAGAUUGCUGGGGGCAGAGCGGGUAGUUCUCUGUGGGGUCUUUUCUACUUGGUGCCUGAGUUCUGUCUCCUAGGCAAGUGGCCCGUUGCCUCUGCCCCAAUUCUUCCAUCUUUGGUAGUGACUUGAGCCCAGGGUUGUCUCAGCCUCCUACCCACGAUUCCACUGAACACUUCUCUGGCCCUAUUGCACAUAGCUCCCAGCCUCUGUCCUUGGGCUGGUAGCCUCUUUAGCCUCCUUCCUUCCAUUUCAUUUCUGAAACCCCGAACAGCUCAUCUUCAGAAAGGUGGGAUUCAAACAAGUGGUUUCUGCAUUCUUCUGAUGAAUGAUUUCUGCUCCCAAACUUUAACUGCAGCAGAAAGAGGAACUUCCAGGAAAAUACAGCACCACAGUGAGCAACACAGCUCCACCUGUAUCCACAGGCUGAGUGUGGCUGUCAGUGGACAUAGAGGGUUGGAUGGAAAAACCUCUCACCCCGGAAUGCCCAGCUUAGGUCUAUCGAAGCCCCUCACUACCCCCUCCAUCGUGAUCCCACUUUCUCACACUCCAUUCCCCUUCAGUGCCAGCACUGGGGAAGGGUGGGGAGCUCUGCCUCAAGGUUCAGUUUCUCUCCAUUGACUACCCCUACCAUCUCUCUGGAGAGCAGAGCCCAGGGAACCUUCCAGCAGCCUGUUAAGACAGGAUUCAGCAUAUGGCUCCUGGGUGUGUCUACUAGGUGGAAUAAAGGACACAUUUGAUUUCUAGUUUUCCUCUCUGCAUCCUCAUACAGGAAUUCCCAUAGUUGUAGACGGGACAACAGAAUAUGGACAUGGGCACCUGUGUGUUUUCCAUAGGCCCCUCCCCUCCUGGGGGUUGUAGCCACCAGCAGUAAUUGAGCUUCUGGCAAGGAAAGCUCACACCCAUCAUUCUAAACUUGGGCCUGUUGAGGAUUCUAGAUAUGCUCCUCUUGCUCCCCUAUUGUAUUGUCCCACUUGUGAUUUGCCUUGACAACUUGAGUAUUCUUUGCUUGGAAAAGCAGGGAGAGAGUCUCCCAGGGGAAUUCUUGAACAGUGAUCAGGGGUAACUUCUUUCUUGCCAGAACCUUAAUUUAUUAAUUGGUUUGUUUUUCUAAGGCAGUGAGAGAUUUAGAACUCCAGGAGAUACAUGAUUAAAGGUUUAUCACCAAAGUCCCUUUUAAUUUUUGACUUGAAAUUAGUGUCAUAACUGCAUGAGUUUCAGCUCUCAUCUCAAGUUUCUUUCCUUGAAUGUUUCAAAGCAAGCGGUAUUAGAGGUGCACUGCCCACUCCAACAUCCACUGGUUGGUUUCUGUACCACCCUGAACACCUGAGUUAACCAACAGGAAUGAUGGCCAGCUACCACUUUUUAUUGCAUGUGCUGCCCUGACAUAGUGCCUCCGUUUUCCAGUGGUGAGAUUAUGAAGUAGCAAACAUAGGAAAAUCUCGGCAGAAAGUGAGGUCAUAACUAUAGCAUCACAUUUGUGUUCCCUCCCUUUCCCUGUUAGGAUAUAAUUAUGUUAUCUUGGGAAUUUAACAGCCUACGCUGGGCAGAACCCUGUUCUCUUAGUGGUACUUAGCCAUGACCAUUUUUCCCAGAAAAAAAGAAACCCUGCCUGGCAAAGAGUCAUGGUUUAGGACUGCUGGGCAGGACUGUCCAAGGGUCUAAGACGUUCCAUUUCCUCAAUUCUUCACUAGUCAGAAACAGAUGGUCAGUUCUUAAGAAUAGUGAAUCCUUGGAACUGGCCUGUAUUCAAGGCAAGUUGAAAGAGGAUUAAUUGGGGUCUCCACAGCCUCUCAACGACCGUGACACUUGAAUUGGUUUUAUUUAACAUUCAGUUGGUUUCACCAUGAUUAGAAUUGUCCAGAAUUUUUCUGUCAGAGGAAUAGACCAGCACUGUACCUGUGUCCAUUAAAGCUAAGCCAGACAUCCAGAUGUUUCAUUUUUGCCAAAAACAUCCAAACUGAACCAGUGAGUUGAACCAGUGUGGUCUUGUAGAGUACACUCUGAUGCUUACAGGGGGCCAGUGACUCUUGGUGUUUUUUGAAGAACACGUAAACUGACACCUCAAGAGUGUCACAUCUGGACAUCCUGACUGCACACCCAGCUGGAGUUCUACAGAUAACAUGCCAUAAAACUGCAGUCGAAGUGUGAUUAUACUAACUAGUUAUUACCAAUUCUGUGUGGACCUGCAGAUUAUAUCACAUGACUCAUUUGAAACAGUUCUUUCCAUUUUUCUAAGUUUUGAAGCAUGUUUUCAGAUUCCUCUGGUUAUUUGUACCCAGUUUACAGCUACAGCUUUAGAGCAGCCCAACUUGAUGGGCCAGCCUGACUUGUGGGUAGAUAGUAUUGUCAGGCAGAUAAUGUCGCUUGGCUCACACAGCAUUGCUGGUCCAUUCUCAAAUGGCACCACCCCAAAAGGGUGGAGUGAUUCCCAUGGAGAUGGGCAUGCCUUCCAGAAUAACCCAGUGGUCAAUUACACAUUUCAAUGAUUAGAUAAUCUUGCCAUUUUAACGUCUUCUAAGGGAGUUUGGAUUUAAGUAACACUUAAAGUGAGCCAUCCGUUUUCUACAUACUCUUCAUGGUCCUGCUCCCAAAAGGUGUUAUUUGAAGAACACGUAAACUGACACCUGAGGGGUAAAGGACCUUGCUUUUCCCUAUGUGGUAUUCUGUUUUUACGGGGCAGUUUCAUUGGCCCAGAUUUGAGGUAUAAGAAGGAAUUGGGGCAGAGGGGAGCUUCCACUGUUCAGGGUAUGAGUGAAUAUUUGUUGAGUAUUGAAUAGUCUGCCUAUUAAAAACAUUGAGUUCAGA